AUGACAAACCGGAAGGAUAUGGGAUAUGGAUGGUUCGCGAAGGCGAGGUUUGAGGCAAAGAAGGCAUUGGAGGAAGAAUACCGGCACCCAAGGGCAGCCGCAUGGACAGCAUACUGGGAGGAUGUUCGCAACGGAACUGUGAAGAAACAGUUAUAUCCCAUUCUUAUCACAAAAUCAGGCCCAUUUACAUCACCCCAGGCAUUGCAGGAGAUUGCUGGUCUUCCAUCACCUCCGGAGGUCAUCUCUUCUGUAAGACUACGGGAUUAUGAGAUAGUGCCACCGGCUGAGCCCAGAGAAGAGGAUAAAGUGCAGUACUGUGUGGUUGAGAAUUUCUUUCGGAUAAAAAAUCUCACUUAUGGGGAAUGGGAAGAUUUUCGCAAGGCAUGUCGCACAGGGGCCUUACUCGAUACAACCUAUCCAAUCAUUAUAUCCAGUUCUGGGCCCUUCACAUCGCCAGAGAAGAUACAGGAGGUCCUCGGACUUUUGGAACUACCAGAAGUGAAAGAGACCACUCGGACAUCGCUCUCUGUGCCAGUGAAGACGUUUGAGUCUAACGAGGAGAAAGUACAAUACUGUGCUAUUGACCUUGGCUACUUAGGUAAGAUCGAAGAAUACUCCGAAGGAGAGGAUAUUGUUGUCUGGGUUCAGUUCGAACAUAGAUGCGCAUGGCUUGCUCACUCCGUGAAAUCAAAGGUUGAAGACCAAAAUAUAAAGGAUGAUAGCGGUGGGGAGGCAAACUAA